AGUCUCUAAUCUACAACCGUGGCUAAUAACAGUAAAUCGAAUAGACGCAACAAAAUGGCCAAUACCGGUGAUAUUUGGUUACAAUGGUUCUCCUGCUGUUUUCAUCAGCCACAAUCACCAUCACGACGAAGACAUCAACGGCUGCGCAUCGAUCGUUCAAUGAUCGGCAAUCCAACCAAUUUUGUACAUACCGGUCACAUUGGUUCCGCCGAUGUGGAGCUGUCCACAAAUCAUUUGAAUGCAAUACAGACACAAAUGCAAAGUAAAGGUGGCUAUGAAAUGAAUUCAAUACAACUUCAGGCUUGCUGA